CUGUCAUUUGGCCACGGUCGGCUUCAGGAGAGAGAUAGAGGGGCUGCCAAAGAAGCACACAGGAAUCGGCACGGAAAAAUACUGAAACCUGGCGAACAAUGAAACCGGUCGAAUAAGCUUGACGAGAGAUCCGCAGCCCAGUGUAUUCGAUAGGUUGCCACAGUAACAAAAGGUCCAUAUUGAAGGCAGAAGAGCUGUGUCAUUGAGCAGGCAGGACACGUCAGGAGAAGCCAGAGGAAAAAAAAAUAGCUGACCGACUGACUGCACUGAGCCAGUCAGCGAUUAAACCACCUCCGAAAUCAAACAGUGUGCCUGCCACCUCGCCGAGGACACCACCUCGAGACCCGAGGGAAGGAUUUCGACAAAGACAUCGCCGAGGUCGAAGGGCCAAACCAUCACGGGAUAGCAUUUGUGUGUGUGGGGAGAAAACAAAUGGGGGAUUACGGGUUCGGAGUCGUGGUUCAAAACAACACUGGCAACAAGUCUGCAUUCCCGGUCCGAAUCCACCCGCAUCUGCAGCCCCCACACCACCAUCAAAAUGUGUCGCAGAGCCCUGCUGCUUUCAUAAACAGCACCACAGCCGCAGGGAAUGGCACCACGGGAGGCUCUCCCUGGCUCUUCCCAGCCUCUGCCACCCACAACAGUGUGCAGGACGAGAUCCUGGGGGGCACCGACAAGCCCAAAGCACAGCAGCAACAAGAAAUGCAAGAAACACCAGAGAAGCAGCUGUCCCCUGGGAGUCACCAAGAGGGUGGGACUGGUGGUGGAAUAAUUUCAGAACUGGAAAAAGCCCGGUCAGAAGAAGGUAAGACAGACAGUAGCGCAUCUGAAGGCAGCAAUGGAAAGGAGAAGCAGCUGCGCCUGGAGUCACCUGUCCUUAGUGCUUUUGAUUAUCAAGAGACCUCCGGCUUAGGAGGCAAUGGUCCCGUUCAGUCCGGUACAACCUCAUCAUCGCUCACUGGCUUUAACAACUGGUCAGCUGCACUCCCUCCAGCCCCGUCAACUAUUAUCAACGAGGACGUCAGCUUCUUCAACCCAGCCUCGGCCAACAACGGGCCGUUGCUGUUCCAGAACUUCUCCCACCAUGUCAGCCCUGGAUUUGGUGGGAACUUCUCCCCUCAGAUUGGACCAGCGGCAGCCUUGUCCCAACACCACCCUGCACCACCUCCUCACCCCCACUUCCAACACCCCCACAACCAACACCAGCAGCAUCGCCGCUCCCCAGCCUCCCCACACCCGCCUCCGCCCUUUCCGCACAGGAAUCCGGCCUUCAGCCAGUUGCCGCAUUUAUCCAACAGCCUGAACAAGCCCCCAUCCCCUUGGGGUCCCGCCAGCUACCAGAGUCCCUCUCCUUCCCCUGGCUCCUCCACUUCGUGGAGUCCCGGUGGUGGCUAUGGCAGUGGUGGCGGUGGCUGGGGAAGUUCUCAGGGCAGAGAUUACCGCAGAGGGAUGAAUGGUGGGAUGACACCCAUCAACUCUAUCUCCCCAUUGAAGAAGACCUUUCCUAAUAACCACGUCACGUCGCAGAAGUACCCUAGAAACAGCCCUGCAGGCUUCAACCCCAAGUCGUGGAUGGAUGAUGGAGUUGGCCGCAGUGAUAACAUUUUUCCUUUCCAGGAUCGCACCCGCUCAUUCGACAGCUUCAACAUGAACACUCUGGAGAGCUCCCUGAUCGACAUCAUGAGGGCAGAGCAGGACAACUUGAAAGGUCGACUUGGGUUCCCCCAUCCAGGCGGGGACAACCCUCUUCCCCUCAAUGCCAGGAAUUAUAGCAGGAGACGAGGUCAUUCAUCUCUCUUCCCCAUGGAGGACGGUUUCCCUGACGACGAGCGUGGCGAUCAGGGUCUCGCAGGUCUGGGCUCCCCGCAUUGCUUCCCACACCAGAACGGAGAGCGCGUCGAACGCUACUCACGCAAGGUCUUUGUGGGCGGCUUGCCCCCGGAUAUAGACGAAGACGAGAUCACGGCCAGUUUCAGGCGUUUCGGACACCUGUUCGUCGACUGGCCUCACAAAGCUGAGAGCAAAUCUUAUUUCCCACCCAAAGGCUACGCCUUCCUGCUGUUCCAGGACGAGAGCUCCGUGCAGGCUCUGAUCGAUGCCUGCAUCGAGGAGGACAGCAAGCUUUACCUCUGCGUGUCCAGCCCCACCAUCAAGGACAAACCGGUGCAGAUCCGCCCGUGGAAUCUGAACGACAGCGACUUCGUGAUGGAUGGAUCCCAACCUCUGGACCCGAGGAAAACCAUCUUCGUCGGAGGAGUCCCGCGCCCUCUCCGUGCAGUGGAGCUGGCCAUGAUCAUGGACCGCCUGUACGGUGGCGUUUGCUACGCCGGCAUCGACACAGACCCGGAGCUCAAGUACCCCAAAGGAGCAGGGCGGGUCGCCUUCUCUAAUCAGCAGAGCUACAUAGCUGCUAUCAGCGCUCGCUUCGUGCAGCUGCAGCAUGGAGAGAUCGAUAAACGGGUGGAAGUGAAGCCAUACGUGCUGGACGAUCAGCUAUGCGACGAGUGUCAGGGGACCCGCUGCGGCGGCAAGUUCGCGCCCUUCUUCUGCGCCAACGUGACCUGCCUGCAGUACUACUGCGAAUACUGCUGGGCCGCCAUCCACUCCCGUGCCGGGCGAGAGUUCCACAAGCCGCUGGUCAAGGAGGGAGGGGACCGGCCACGUCACAUCUCCUUCCGCUGGAACUGAGUGGCGGCGCGGCAGCACCAGCGGCAGCCAGAGGGCGAGGUAGAGCAGGAGUCGCAGAUCAUCGUACAGAAAAAAGAGAAGAAGAAUGCACUUUUUUGUUGCUGGUUCCUUUUCGCUCUAAUUUCAACAAACCCUUUUCUUAAUUUAAUAUAUUUCUAUAUUUUGAAGAUUUAAUAAGAUUUUGGAUUUGGAAGUCCAGUAAGGAAAAAAUAUAUGUAACAUAAUUUUAUUUAUGCAUUUUUUUAAAAGAAUAUUUUUAUUAGUUUUCAAAGACUAUAUAUAGGAAAGAUUGAGGUGUUCUGGUACUCUGCUAUCCGAUUGGCACGUUUUUCAUUUCGAUAGAAAAGUCCCCCAAACUGACGGCUCCUUGCACUGACGCUGUAGCCGAGCCGUCGACGGAGUCCUUCUGCCCGCGCGCACGCGAGAGAGAGGAGAGCCGCACCGCGACCAAAGCGGUGACUCGUGCGAGGGCCAGAACACACCGCUUCUUUAUGAUUUCACUCGACAAUAGCAACACAAAUUUAGGCGACACACAUUUGGAUCUCAUGCAAGAACUAAUACCUCAACCUCAGCUGCUAACGUGCCGAACAGAAAGACGAGAGGCGACUGUCGCCCUCCCUCAGAAGUCGAACUGAAGGGAAGUGAUGAAACGGGCCGAUGUUACUGGCACAGUUUUGUACUCGCUUGCUUCAUCACCUCCUCGCUUUUGUAAUCGUCAUGUGAGUCCUUCAGUGUUUUAGGGGAAUGUAUUGCAUGGAGAGGUCCCAUGGUGGGGGCGCCGGGGGGGUGGAGGAGCAACGUCCCUGACUUAUCUCACCUUAGCUCGGUCUGUGUCUCUCGAUCUCGUGCAGGUUUGUCAGUCAGUCUGCUCUCCUUGGGUCGAAGAGCGAGGCCCACAGCUACUGGUUUGAUCUUUGAGUUUUUAACCGCUGAUUCCCGCUCCUGAAGAGACACCGUGGGCUCCUCACUCUGCCGCACUCAGCCGGCUGGAUGUGUGGCUGCGAGAGGCCUGGCUCUUGGCCCCCUGACUCUCACGCGUUCACCCCAUGAGUCCUGCAGGGGCAGUGUUUCCCCCGUUUUAAAGGAGAUUAGCUUCAUCAUAUUUUUUUCAGUUUGUCGUUGCUUUUGAACCCCACAGCGACUGUAGACCUCUUUAAAUACAGAGCAGGUUGAAGUCUGUAGCUUGAAUCCCUUUAUUAGAGAACAAAAACACCAGACGGGGAACAGCCAGAGCUCAAAUCGAGGGCGAAGACAUGAUCCUGAGCUUCCUUUCUCAAGACAAAAUGGCUGGAAAGUCACGAUAGCGAUCACAUAUUCAAGUGAUGCGACAUCUAAUGUCUAAUGUUUUUGGUGGUGAAGUCUGCGCUAUCAGAACAAUAAUUGGAUGUUUUGAAAUGGAACCAGCUCAGAUAUUCAUCAGCCAUUGUGUCUUGAGUUGGAACUCUUGGUUUGAACCAUUGCCAAGUGUCCGGAUCUUUGACCAAAACCCCUCCGCUCUGUCAUGUUAGCGCAGUCCCCCCCCCCUGAGUCUCGUACGACCUCCUCGCCCGACACUUAGCUGGAGAAGCGCCCGUCGGUCUGGGGAACCAAAGAUGGGUCACGGCGUUCAGUCCUUCCUACCUUCUCACAUGGUCGAGCUCAAGCCCAGACGGACUCCAGCAAACCAAAGAUUGGCCUUCCACACAAUUCGGCGGCGACAACGCAACAAACCGUUUCAACACAAAGUGCACAUUCACUCGUUCGAGCGAAACUCGUCAGGGAGUCGGUACAGAAACUUGAUUAUUAUUCUCACUAGUGAAAUCCUCAUAUCGGAGUGUGUGUUCGUGUGUGUGCGCCUGCGCGCGCGUGAGUGUGUGUGUCCUCGCACCGGUUUUGCACCCUGGACAGUCCUUUUGUGGUGUUGGGUGAGCAUUUUAGAAGUUGAAACACUUUGUGAAGAAUUUGCUGUAAAAUGAGAAAAAAAAAAUUAUUUUAUACAUGGCCUGCUGAUUUUUUGGUAAAAGUGUUUUCUAGCUAAAUUAUUUUGUCAUGCACAUAUAAACAUUUAUUAUGCACUACUUUUUCUAAUUUUUCUUUUUUUCCAACAGUCAUUUUAGGCACAUUUUUCACAAAUGGGAAAACUCCUUUUUGCAAUACCUCAAUUUUUCACAUUGUGAAAGGUAGCUUUUGUACUUUUGUUACUGAGAGAUCUGCAUAUAUGGAAUUGUUCAUUUUGGAAAUUUGGAAAAACAUUAUUUUCAAUUAUGCUUUUUAUACAUUUCAGUGCUGAGGAAUCUUUAGCGACUUGAGAUCUGCGGAGGAGAGACCAACGCUCUCGUGGUCCUUUUGAAUUAUCAUUUUCUCUCUCUCGGUGUUUCCAGUCCAUCUGGUCGAUAUUAGCAUGGCAAGAAGAAAAAAAAUUACAAAUUAAUGUCGAUGUCUCGAAAACGAAAUUCUGUCCAGCGACGACUCCUUAUUAAGAAUGCAAAAAUUAACGCUGAAUCUCACUCGAAUGGAUGUUUGGUGUUUAGGUAUUUUAAUAUAUCGCGGAAAACUAUAUAGAUAUAUAAAUAUAAAUAUAUAUAUAUAUAUAUUCUUGAACUUGCCAACUAGCACCUAUUGUAAUCCUUAGCAUGCAUGACAAAAAAAUGAAUUAGCUAUUGAAAUUAAUCGUUGUGGUGUGCACCAAAUGUUUGAUCAGCCAUCCAGUUGUUAAGGACACCCUCACCCCUCCUCACCCCCCCACAUGUGUUGAUCUCCUGGCUUCCCCAUUUGCAGACCUCAGCAGGAUGACAGAGAUAAGAUCUGACAGUGCAGCAUCUUUCUAGAACACUGUUUAAAAGAAAAAAGAAAUAAAAAAAACUUGAAGUUGCCCCCGCUCUUUCUCUGGGGUGGGAGGGGGGCGGGGCUUCUACUCGACCUAUCUGGAGGAAGGGGAGCUUAAAGACUUGAAUGUGGUAAAUGUUGCAAGUUAACUUCAAGUUGUUAUGUGCAAUACUUCUUUUGAACCUUUUUUUUUCCAGAUAUAUAAAAAAAGACUCUUUGCAAUGUAAUUCUUUAAUGCCAUUUUUAAUUGCAGACAUUUAAUUAAAGAAAAUGUUAAUAUGUUUUUCACAGUCAUUUUCUACUGUUAUUGUAAUCCUUUUCAUGCUGGUGUUUGUACGAGAAGAAAAGAAAUCAAACUAUUUGUACUAAUAUAAAUAAUUGAAGUUAUUUUUAAAGCAUUCAAAGGUUUUUGUGCUCAUUUUGCUUAUUAUUAUUUUUUGUUUCUUUGAAGCUACUGUGAUUGAUUGCAUUGUAAUUACUAGGUCAACAAUGUACUUAGCUGUUUAUUGGUAUAUUUUCAAUUGGAAUGUAAAAUUGAUUUUUAUAAUUUUGAUCAGAUUUUUUUGUUAUAUUUUUGAGGUGAAGCUUUUAAUAUGUUAAAGUGUCUAGUUUUUACUAAUUGCUAUAUUGUGCUCCACAAUAUAUGGUUCACAUUUUCUGAAGGAAAAUAAAUAUUUAAAUAUUUGUCUGUUAUAAUGUUACUUAAUGGCAAGAUUUCAAUAGUUUUUAACUGUGUAUGGGAAGGUUGUUGUAUUUAUUAAUAGCAUUUUUUUUUACUUCAGAUAUCACCUUAAUUUUUAUUGUCAUUUCACUUUAUAAGUUCCUAUUUUUGUAUUUUCCUUUCUAAUUAAUUUAUGUAAUACGGAUACGUCUGUCCAUAUUUCUAGGAGUUGGUCUGUAAAAGUGCUAGUGAAACGAAAAAGAAAAAUCUAAUGUUAUUUAAUUGUUUGCAGCCAACUAUUUAUAACAGUAUGCAUAAUUUUUAAAUAUUUGUAAUGUGAAAUGUUGAAUGAAAUAAAUCUUAACUGUGAUGAAAA